AUGGGCUCUACUGAAGCCGUGGAAGCGGUGACUUCCAGCCCUGGUUUAGCGACUCAGUGGUUAAACUGCUUGGCAAUGCUGGAAUCGGUUCAGCAAGGGGAUAGCGAGGAGGAUGGGUUCGUUUGGAAGCUUAAUCCGAAUGGCAUUUUCUCGGUGGCCAGCAUCUCCUCUCUGUGUUCUCGAGCUAAGCCUUGUGCUUGGCAGCCGGUAACUCUUAGCAUCUUGAAAAUUUUAUGGGGUUUAGAUCUUCCGGCUAGGAUUGCUAUCUUUGCUUGGAGGUUUUUUGUCGCGAGGCUACCUACUAUUGAUUCUCUUAUUGCUAGAAAUAUGGCUAACAUCAGUAAUUUGAGCUGUGUGUUUUGUGGGGAUCAAUUGGAGACUAUUUUGCAUUUGUUCUUCGACUGCCAGGUUUCGCAGAAUGUGUGGCAGUGGGUAUAUUGUUGGAUUGGGGACAAAACUCAGCUUUCUUUGGAAGAAUUUAAAGAAUUUAUGGUGGUCCAAGAGAAGGUGAAGAAAGCUAGGGAUAGGGUGAAACUUAAUUUUAUAUGGAUCUCAUUAAUUUGGAGUCUUUGA